AAAAUACAUUUUGAGACGUUGUAGAAUUGGUCAUAUGAAAAUCCCUCGCCACAAAAGUUUAGUUUGAGCAAAAAAAUUUUUUUAUUUAAAGAAUCUUGUUAAAAAUAGCGACUAAAUUUAACGGAUAAUCAUAACAAUUGUAUGCAUAGCACAAUAAAAACUAUGUUAAGGCAACCAAAAUCAAACAGUUUAUAUUUUUUCCUUGAAAAAAAUUGAACCAAAGAAGAUUGCUGAAGUGAGUGUGGAGGGUGUGAAGAAAACGAUUAUUAAGGAUCUAUAAGGAAUGUGGCUGGCAAAAUAUAUUGUAUGCGCGCUGAUAUGCGUUGCAAUUCCUUCAGCGACUUCAAAACCUUUCAGGGGUACUCCCGUAGUUAUUCCCUUCUAUGAAGCCAGAACGCGGCCAGGCGUAACUAAAGACUGUGGGGAUGAUAAUGGCGGUUGUGCCCAUGAAUGUAACAAAUCCGCUAACAAAUGCGAGUGCUGGGAGGGUUACUAUCUGGAUCCCAGCGAUCUUAGCAGCUGUAAAGAUGUCGACGAAUGCGAGGAGUCGAAUGGAGGUUGCGCGCAAGUGUGCAACAACCUGCCGGGAGAAUUCGUGUGCACCUGUGAAACUGGUUAUCGAAUAGAUGAAUCUAAUGGCAAAACCUGUGUGGACAUUAAUGAAUGUGAAGAUUCCGCUUUGUCUUGGGACUGUCAAGGUGGCUGCGAGAACCUUAUUGGUUCUUAUCGCUGCCUUCCGUCAACGGACGGCAUACUCGAAGACACAGGUGUUUCAAUUCAGAACGACGACGGUGUUUUCCCAGGCACAAUAAAAUGCAAGCCAGGUUUUCAGCUAUCCUUCGAUGGCAGCGAGUGUCAGGACAUCAACGAAUGUGCUUUGGAGGAUGAGGACCCACAAACCGGGCGUAUAAUCCAUCGCUUCUGUGAGUACAAGUGUGAGAAUACAAAAGGAUCCUUCCGGUGUCACUGCCCUGAGGGUUAUCAUCUCCUCGAGGAUAAGGAAAGUUGUGCCUUGAGUGGCUUACAUACUCCCGCACCUUUAACCAUAAAAGAAGAUGAUGCAAAAACAUUCCCAGCCAAAUCCACAAAUGCCUCCCUCGUUAAUGUUACAAGAUGCACCUACCAGAUAAUGUAUCUCCCAAAUGGAAAUUACAAAUGUGGGUGUUCGGGUUACAAAUUAUCCGAGGAUCAGCAUUCCUGUCUGAUGGACAAAUCCUUUUGCUCCACGGGAAAGGGGCAUGAGAGGUGCUCGCCAGGAACAUGUCUACUCCGUGAGGAUGAGAUGGACUUCACCUGUAAGUGCCCAUUGGGUUUCCGCAGCGAAGGUCUCAGUUGCCAGGACGUUAACGAGUGCACGGAUGGAACACACAUGUGCAGUCACGAAUGCCAGAAUACAUACGGUAGCUAUCAAUGCUCGUGCCCACAAGGUCUUAUGCUUAGUAACAAUUUCACCUGUACGGAUCCCUGUGAGCCCAAUAAGAACGGUUGCGAUCACAUGUGCUUGGCUGACAAGGGCGGUGAGUGUUCCUGUCGCGAAGGAUAUCGCUUAAAGAACGAUGGCAAAAGUUGCGAGGAUGUGGACGAGUGUCUGGAGCACAACGGAAGCUGUGAGCAGAUGUGCCUCAAUCUGCAAGGUACCCAUGCGUGCUCCUGCGACACGGGUUAUAAGUUGGCUAAGGACAAAAGGACUUGCCAGAAAACUAAUUUGAAACCUAGAGACAACUGUCGCCAACUCCAGAAACCUCGCAAUGGCAAUGUUAGUUGUAUGAGACACAUUGAAAAGCAGUUCGUUAAAUGGAACUGUGGUAUUACCUGCAAUGUUGGCUAUGUCCUGCAGGGACCGAGACACAGGACCUGUAAUUACUCCGGAAAGUGGGAUGGUUCAGAAACCAAAUGCGUGGAAAAGCGUGUUCUCCAGACAAGCGGGCCGAGGGCUGAACUCUGUCCUGCUCUGAAACCUGCUCAUAAUGGAGUUAUAUCUCCGGAAAUCUGCACUAAAGGGCCAUCCAAGAAUGGAGUCAAUUGCCAAUUGAAGUGUGAUUCCGGCUUUGUGCCUAUCCGACAUUUACAAACAACCUGCGUGCUUGGUUUGGGCUGGACCAUCAAAUCCGAGCUUCAAUGCACACCAGAAUGGCAAUCCCCGGAGCAAACCAAUGCAUUCGGCUUUUUAAUAUCAUUACUAAUUGCUUCUAGCAAUAGCUCUAGCAAUCAAACUGAGAGCCCAACUACUGAGCCACCAUAUGACUCCAGAUCAAAGCCUGCAAGACCCAAUCGUCCAGCUCUCCAGUCAGCGAUCACAUAUGACCAUAAAUCCGAAACCAGGUCCGAGCCAGCCCAACUUACGUCCAACGAUGGUUCAGAGUACUAUAUCGUCUGUCCGGAUCGGGGAACCAUCCGUGUGCCUGCUGAGAAAUCCGUAAACUUACCCCAGGGAUGCAAUCGGCAGAAAGUCCCUCCAUCGAAUCGCCGCAUGCGUUCAUCGCAUCGGCAUCGGCAUCGAAACACGAAUUCUUAGUUUGUGCAUCAUCUGUAUGCACAUCCACUCCCAAGCAUUUGUGACAGAAACCAUUCUCAACUAUUUAAAGAACGAAAAAAAAACUUUAUGCGAAUUUAAGAAUACUUUUGUUAUCUUUGUAUUCCACAGGAUUACCACAAUGUAGACUAUGGCAACAAGUAGAAAGAAAAAUUUAAAA